UGCGCCAGCAACGGCGGCGGCCAACAAUCCGGAGUCCGGACGGCCAAGCCGGCGGCGGCCUGCACGCAGCACUUUCCACCGCUCUCGUCCUCGGCACUUCUCCGACCACCGCGCCGUCAUCGUCGACCGUCGUACACACGCUCGCACGCAUUCACGCACGCACAAACACACGCACGCACGCACGCACGCACGUUCGUACGCCGCACUACCGCUCGCGUGCGCCGUCGGCCGACCGCCCUCCAGUCCAUCGGCGACGCGUCCACAACGGUCGUCGGCGUUGUUUUGGUAUUACCUUAUUACACCACCCCAACCCCUUUCCCCGUCAACGGAUAUCACCGCUGCGGCACAGCCCGUUCGUCAGCACACCGCUGCCGCUGCUCCCCAUCGUUGUCGUAGUAGUCGCCGCCGCCGCCGCCGCCGCCGACGAGUGUAUUUGUUAUUAUUAUUAUUAUUAUUAUUACUAUUAUUAUUACUAUCGAGUAUCGAGUGCGCGUCGUCGUGUUCGUGUACUUACCUUCACGUCGUCUCGACUGCAGCAGCUAUUAUUAUUAUUAUUUCUAGACGAAUUAUUAUUAUCGCGUUAUCGGUGCAUAUUAUCGUUGUGUUUUUCAGCGUUCAUUUUCGAUACUGUUCAGUCGUCGAUGUGCCGUGUGUGAUGUCCAAUCAUCAUAUUCAGCACUAGCACAUUUGGCACGGCAACGUUUGUCGCCCACCGUUCGCCGACACGACAAUCGAGGACGCGUUUCUGUGGACCGCGAAUCGUGUCCGUCCUUAUUCCGUGUGUGCGUGUCUACUAAAAGUCGUUAGUCGCCUGGCACAACCGCCGCCAUACCGUAAAAACGUACUAUCGUCGACCGUAGUUCAUUGUUCCGGAUCGUUGACGACGCGGUGUUCAUAGGCGUUGUAACCAGACAAAUAUCUCGGCCGCGCACCGUGUUCCGAGAACCUACGACGUUUGGUGCCGUCCUCUUUGUGCCUAUCGAUUAUGGCGGCAGCUGCCGUCACCGCCGCCACCACCAUUUCUGCUGCUGCGGCCUUAACGCGACGGUUCGUCGUCGACGCCGUCGUCGUUGUUCGUCGUCAUCGUUGUCGCCACGACAUUCCCGCGCUGACAUUAGUGACGCCACGUUUGCUCCACCAAUAGGUGACACGAAGAUAGAAAGUUUUAAUCUACCGACUUUGUUGCCCAAACGACCGGUGACUCCGUAUCGUCAAACGGACCGCGUUAUCCGACGUCUCUGAGCCACUGUCCAUCGGUACCUUACUCGAGAUACCUUCAUGUUUAACGAAAAUUGUGACAUCAAUCAUAUCAAAUGCCAUAUGAGCCACUUGUUUUGUUACAUAGACUUGCGCCUGAAGACGUAAAUCACUUGAUACGACAAAAUCCUCCUCCGCCUACGAUUACCAAUCAAUCACAAAAUGUCCACACAUUUCAAAACAAUGAAGGAAACAACACUAAAUCACUGGGAAAGGACGUAGUCGUAAACAAAAGUAAUUUACCUUUAGAAAAUAAAAAGAAAUCGACUUGUGCUCGUUCAUCACCUAAAUUACGAGUUCUAAAAUCGAAUUCAAACGGCGUAAAUCAUGACAAAAAAGAACAGGAAAAAUGUCCUAAGGAACAAAAAGUCACAAACAAUCGGAUAGGAGAAUUAUCAUUUGCCGAAAAAUCUAAACUUUUAUCAACUAAUAUAUUUCAAAAAGAAUUAGUUGUUGUUAUUGAUAAUUGCUUCAAUGACGUGAUUAGAGAAAUGGUAAAUAGUACAGCUCAACACCCGAAAACACGAAAUCCUACUAAUUCAACAGUAUCCACCAACAGCAAUACAAGUAGUAGUAAUUCUGUAGCUUCGACUCGAGACUCUGCGGUUGGUAAAGAACACAUCAUAGAUGACACUAUUAUGAUAACAACUACAAAAUCUCCACUAUCUACAGUAACUCCUGUUUUAGAGGUGAUUGACAAAAAAGCAAAAGAUAUUUCAUCAAAUGGAAAGCAACUUAUUACUGCAGAUGGACAAGAUAAGCUGAUCAAUUAUGACAAGGUUCAUUAUGAUUCUUCAGGCCUCAGUUUGCGUACAAGGACUAUAUCGUCAACAACAGUACCUACAUCAUUACAUCAUUCAACAGUUCUUGGAUCAAAUUCUGCACAUCCUAAUUGUUCUACUUCAUCAGUUAUUACUCCUACUCCUAGACCUCGUGGUCGGCCCCCAAGACGAAAAAAUCUGAAGCAUAUUGCCAAUAGAAAAGCACUGCAACAAGCUGCUAGUAAACCAUCUGAAGAGAGCAAAGUCUGUGAUUUAACUGCAUCAAUUACUGAAGUAGAAUCAGCAGCAAUUAGUUUGGAACGUUUACAGCAACAACAAAAGUCACUGAUUGAAUGUAAUAAUAUCGAAAGUUAYGAUGAUGAGCUAGAAAAUAGUGAAAAGGAUCCCAUCUAUAUUAAUUGUGUUACGGAUAAUAAACAUUCAGCACUAUCACCAGAAGUUGAUAAAGAUGAGGAUUGUAUUAUUGUAGAUAUCGCUUGUAAAAAGAAAAGUAAUAAUCGUAAAAGAAAACAAUCUGAUAUCGAAGAAACUAUUGCGGAAAAACGUCUAUUGAUAUCUGAUGAUUCUAAAGAUUUGUUAUUGGAAAAAAAUAUAAAAGACAAGUCUUCACUGCCAGACAAAUCAGAUACCGAUUCAGCCGAGUAUGGUUUCUUAGCUGGUUGUAACAUUUUUGAACCAUACAGACAAUUUAAUGAUUGGAAGUCAUCCUCUUCCAACUAUUCUUCAGUUUUAUAUGGUCGCACAUAUUGGCCAACAAGUUGGGAAUAUUCAGCAGCAUCGCUCACUGGUCAUGUUCCAAAAAAAACAUCAAAAGAAGCAUUACGUAAAAUAAGAUUGAUUAGUGGAGGAGGAGUCACCACUAAAACCAAUGGUAGCUCUAACUCAAUAUCACUGAAAACCAAUUCUACAUUAAAAAAGUAUCAAACUUCAGUUCUACAAAGACGUGGUAGUGCUUGCAAAUCAACAGCAAUAGCUUCUGUUGAAGUAUCUGGUGGUGUAAGACAUCAUCCUUCAACGUCAACAACUAUUGUAAAACGACAAAAAGGUCGUCCUCCUGGUAGAAAAAACAAGCUUAUACAGGCUGUUUUGAAAUCAAAUAGUCCGCGGAAGUCGCCUCGCCAACAUGCAUCUACAUUAGCAGCAAUUAUGUCUAACAAAGUUGGAAAUUCUGAUAAAGUCGAAAAUCAACUGCCUGAUAAACUAGAGGCAGAUCUAGAAACCAACAAAAAUUCUUUAGACAUGGAUGUUCCACGUUUAAUGAAGAUGUCCAUGCCAAAUUAUGAAGAUAUGCCAGGAUUCCGUCAUCGUAGACAUCGUCGCCAACUGGAAAACAAACGUAUCAUAAAACGUCGCCGUCAAUGUCGUUCAACUACUCCACCUCCACCAAAAUUAUGUGCUCAACAACCAGCUCCACAGCAAAUUUCUAUAAAUACUGCUAUGGAUCAAGAAAGAGUAAAAUUGCGUACUAAACAUGUGGAUGUAGUAAGAAGGCGAGCACGGGAUGAGAGAUUACGUGCAGCGUUUGUAUGUCAACAAUUAUAUAAAGUUCAUGAAAUAGCUGAACUAAAUCGUUUUAAACUGGCCCAAGAGGUUAAACAAACUGUUGAUGGAAAUAAAGAAGACUAUCAAUUCUCAAAUAAUGCUAUAAUAUUACCAUUUGAAAGUAAUCAAGACCAUAUUUGGUCUCAAAUUACUGAUAGUAAUCGAGAACCUGAUAAUAUGUGUUUACAAAUAAUGUAUGAACAAACUGCUGACAAAAGGUUUUUAUUUACUAAUUUGACUGAUGAGACUUUGCAAAUAUAUUAUCAACAACGUGAAUUAGCUUUAACUGAACGUUUAACAAAUAAUUAUCAUGGUGAAGCUUUGUCUUCCGAUUUAGGUAUAGACAUGGUAUCAAAUAAGCGAAAGAAAAAACGGCCGAAUAUGACUGGUUGGCCAAAAGAAAAACGUCGUAAAAUUAUAACUACCACAUCAUCUAUAAACUCAGCUGUAGAAGAUCCAAAUGGUGAUAGUGAUACUGAGAGAGAUGAAAUAGCCAAACGCCGAAGAGCAGCAGCAGCAAAACAACAGAGGCUCAGACGUCAACGUAUAAAAUUAGAGCAGCAGCAGCUACUCAAAGAAAAAUCCAAAAUUAGGAUAAGAGCUGCCUCACCUAAGCAAAGAGGUCGAAGACCAGGGCGCCCUAGGCGCCCUGGUCGUCCUGGUCGCCCAGGUCGACGUCCUGGCCCUAAUAAAAAAAAUAAAAGUGCAACAUACCGUCGUAAUAAUAGUGUGAGUAGUAAUGGUACAACAGCAAGUAGUAAUACCAGUAGUACUACCACUAAAGUAACUAAAGUGAAAAAACCAAGAAAGCAACGUACACCUGCACAAAAUAAAACUGCUGCACCAAUAGUGUCAGUAACACCUGUUACACCAAAUGGAAUUGUAAAACGAAGAUGUGGAAGACCUGUAGGAAGUGUUGGUCGACGUCAACGAUUAAAACUAGAGUUAUUACAACAGAAUUGUCAAAACCAAACGCCAUCAUCCUCUGAACAACAAAAAGAGAAUGUUGUCCAGCAACAGUCUAGUACAGGCAAAUUGAAAUGUGUUAUAUCAACACGUAAUAAUCGUAUGAAAUUAUUGUCAACCUCUGGUAGAAGUUCCCCUGCUGCAUUGAAUCAAAAGAAAACGAUGACUGCAAGCAAAACUAAGAAGUCAACUGCUGUGUAUAAUUUAACGUCUUCGUGUUUAACAACACUGCCAUCAUCACAGGUGACGGCAGCGGGUAAAAUUACUAGAACUACAGCUAAAAGAAGAAGACUCCAACAGCAUCAACAAACAGCUACAGCUACAGUUACAUGGGAUGUUGGAAGACCUAAAAGAUAUCAUUCAACCAGCCAUAGUAGGAAUGCUAGUAAUGUUGUUGUUGAAGAAGAUUGUUGUUUUGUUGGAUCACAACCAUUUGAACAACAUUGUCCAGGUGGUGGAGGUGGCUUAAGUCAUAAUACUGUACUUGAAAAUCAUCAAGAUCACCAAAAAGAAAACACAGUACACAGUGGUUUAUAGUAGAUACUACAGCAAUUGUUCAUUAUUAUUAUUUAUAUUUUUUAUUAAUUAUUAUUACAAUUAUUUUUUUCUUACCAAAUGUUUGUAUAAAUUAGAAUUAUUACUAUUUAGAUAAAACUGUAAACAAAAACAUGUAUUCUCUUAAUACAUAAAAUAUAAUUUCUAGCCAAAUUUUUACCCAAAUAAAUUUUAUACUUCUGUAUAAAUAACUAACAAAUAAACUAGUCGUAUAUUGAUUUAUUUUUUUAUCUUCCAUUGUUUCUUUUUUAAGUAACUCAUCAAUCACUACCCUUUUCCCGCAUUAUUACAAAGAAUUGGUGUAAAAAUUUGUUAAAUAAUCUAAAAAAAGACUGUUUCGGUUCCUAUAUGUAAGAAAUUAUUAAUUAUUUUUUUUGGCUUUUUUAAAUAUUUUUAUUCAUUUUUUAGUGUAAUCAUUCCUGUAACAACUCUUAAUUUUUAAAUUAAAUUAAAAUUGUUUAAAAAUAAUACAUUAGUAUGAAGUUAAACUGUAUUAAGUUCUAAGGAGAAGGUUUUAUUUAAUUUAUAUUUUUAUAAUUUGUACUUAUCUUUAAUGUUUAUUGGUUAUAUGUUAAUGAAUUUAUUUAUUAUAAUUUUUUUUAUACGUUUAUAUUAUGGCAAAGUUAAUAAAAAUGGUGCCAUGAUACUUCUCUUCCCAUUAAUAAUGUAGAGAAUUAAUCAAAAACAAAUUUAAUGAUAAAUAACUAUGUAAUAGUAUUAUAUAUUAUAAUGUAUUGUGUUUUUGGCCCUACAUGAUGGGGAAUAAAACGAAUUUUAAAUUAUUUUAUAUAGGGUGAAUUAA